GUUGGAAGCUACAGCACUAGCUCUCUCUCACUAUUGAGAAGCAAAGCAUCGGUUUCAUUUCACGCCACUGUGUCUGUGACUUGAAUCUUCUGAAAAUUAGGGUUUCGCAAUUCGCAUCGCAGAAAUGGCAGCAUUGUGCAACCGAGUUAGAUCGGGGAUCGCUCUCUCCAACAAAUUAGGGUUCCUCACUUCCCACAGAUCCUCCACCCUUGUUGCCCCUCUGGCCUCCAGAAAUUAUUCCACCCAUGUGCCAGGGCAAAAGGAUACCAAAAUUAAGGUUCCUUUGGCAAUGUUUGGAGGUUCAGGAAACUAUGCCUCUGCUUUGUAUAUUGCAGCAGUGAAAGCUAAAGCAGUGGAGAAGGUUGACUCUGAGCUUCAUCAAUUUGUUGAGGCGGUAAAGAACAGUUCCCUAGUUUCACAGUUUGUAAAGGACAUAUCUGUGGCUAAGGAUGUUAGAGUCAAGGCCAUCGAGGAGAUUUCUCGUGAAGCUAAGUUUGCAGAGGUUACAAAGAAUUUCCUUGUUGUUGUCGCUGAGAAUGGGAGGCUUAAAAACAUAGACACCAUUGCAAAGAGGUUUGGUGAGUUGGCAAUGGCAUAUAAGGGAGAAGUGAAAGCGACUGUGACCACUGUCUUUCCUCUCCCCCCUGAAGAGGAGAAGGCACUGAAGGAGACUGUUCAGGAAAUCAUAGGUUCUGGGGCUAAGGUUUCACUUGAACAGAAGAUUGAUCCAAGCAUCCUUGGUGGCCUGGUGCUGGAAUUUAGCCAAAAGGUCUUUGACAUGUCAAUUAGGACCAGGGCACAACAGAUGGAGAGGAUCCUCCGAGAGCCCAUAAAUAUUUCCAACAUCUAGAUGAAAAUUUUCUCCUGACAACCUAUUUCAUCAUGGUAUAAGGAAAACAAAUAUUACAUUCUUGUUUAUUGUGAGCUUUAUGAAUUUGGAUUUAUAUGGGAUGGAAUGCCAUCAUUUUGCAAAUAAAAAGCUAACUCUUUCCAA